CUCACUAUUGACCAAUAGUUUUUUGUAUCAUCAUUUAUCCAGUAAAAUAUUUUGGUCUUUUUGAAAUCUUUUUCAACGGAAAGAAAAGUUGUUGUCAUACUAAUGAAGAAUUAUUAUAGUCAUUAUAAACCAUAUAAUUUUCCACAUUUUUCGUAUCUUCCAACUUCAUUUCUACUUGCAGUCAACAUCUUUUAACAAUAUUCGAAUUGAAUGACAUUCAAAAUUAUCACUUAUUGAAAAUAUUGGAAUAAUGAAUUUUCCGCUGUAACACAUGGCACUUUUUCCCAAUAAACGUGAAGUACUAUAUUCGAGAUAUCUACUCCUAAGCAAUUUUCAAAGACGUAAGCCAAGUCCCCUCUAUAAUAUAAAAAAACAGAUAGAUCAAAAUUGUCUUUUUGGGAGAGAACUUACUUUGAAAAUACACUUCAUUAUUCUCAUGCAAUUAUUGAUUUGAUCUAUAUUAGUUUACUAAACAACAACUGGUAGGUCAAAUGAGGUGACUAUGAGAUAUACUAAGUACUUUUAAUUGAAAUAAUAUUUACCAUCACAUUUGAAGUAUUAAUAAACAAAAGCAUCUAAAAGAUAGAUAACCAAAAUAUUUUUUGAUCCAAAGGAGAGGACUGAGGGCCAUAAAGCCUUUUCACACGUUCAAAUAGGAAUGAAUUUGAUCAAGAUACAUAUUAUCAUUUAAUAAAAAGCUCAUUCAAAAACUUGCAUACAGUUUAAUUAAUUAGCUGAGAAUGUGUGGAGAUCUAUUGAAAACUAGAAAGAAACGAUAUCUGCAUUAUCAUUAUAUCAUAUUCUUCUGCAGUGUAUUGUCAAGAUCCCGAAUAAACUUGAAUUCAGAAACAUCUACUCCCUCAAUAUCCAGGAUACCGUUGAGAAAUGGAGCCAGUAUACAAUCUUCCAUAUGUUUGAAUUCAGUCAAUUCUCAGGAAAGAGUGACUAUACUUAAUUAACAUCGGCGGUUAAUUGCGCAAUUCACGUCAUUACAAACUAAUAAUCUGGAAACCCAUUACGGGUUUAGUUACUUUUGGUGUUAUACUUACUAUUCAGUUGCUUGGUUAGUAAAGAUUUGUUCCCGUAUUCUCUAUUCCAAGAUGUCAAAGUCCAAGGGUACUCAGAAAUAUUUUAAAUCUGAUUUUGGUACAGAUGAUCAUGUUGAGUUUUUCAUCUCAAUCAAGUAGUAACAUUAUUAACAAUAUAGAGAAUGGAUCAAAUCCUGUAUUGUCAAUAAAUACUACAGUACUCGUGAAAGCAAAUAACCAAUCAACUAAGUCUUCUAAAUCUAUGGCUAACACGACCGAUUCACUUGAAUGGGCACGUAUACAGUUUACUAUACUACCUGUUCUAUCCUUACUUAUAGGAUGCAUAGGAAUAAUUGGAAACUGUUUAAAUUUUCUUGUUUUACAUGCUUAUCCAACGUCUCAAGUGACAUUUGGAGGUGAAUGUACAGCACGUGUAAAUUUACUUGGUCUAGCAUUGGCUGAUUUUCUUGUUUGUUUAACAUCUUUACCAUUGGGCUAUGUUCAACGACGUUAUACAAGUCAUAAUUUUAUGCUUUAUUACACUAUUUAUGGCCCUGGGCUUGUGACAUAUUUUCUAACCGUUAGUGUUUGGAUGGUAUUACUAAUGAGUAUUGUACGCUACCUGGUAGUUUGUCGACCUUUAGCCUCUCGUGCAUGUCUUACAUCACGUCAUAUGUUACAUAUUAUUACUCUGUUGUAUUUGCUGGCAUUGCUUUUUCAUAUCCCAUCAUUUUUAACAUAUACCUAUAGUGAAGAAAAGGUUAGUCAUAAAAGAAUGUUAAAUUCAACAAUACAACAAUCAGAACAACAAACUCACCGAAGGAGUUAUCCAACAAAUACAAGCAGAACACAUUUUAACAAAACCGAAAAACAUAAUCCAGUGACAAUAUUUGUUAUCGAACGUGAGAUCUGGAAGACUGAAAGUAUACGAAUAGCAUAUACUGUUAGUCAAAUAAUCUUGACAAAUAUCGGUCCAUUUAUUGGUGUAGUUAUAACUAAUGUCUCGGUGAUUAGAGCGUGUCGUCAAAGUGACGCAUGCAGAAAAUCAUAUACAUAUGAUUCCCAUAAAACAUUUGAAAAAUGUAAUAAUAAUAAUGUGACUCAGGAACACUCUAGUACACAAACAAGACUACAAAAACGUUAUCUUCAUUAUUUUCAAAGAGAUUCGAAUAACACGCACCAACAACAUGUGGGUACUGGUAGCUGGCGUACGAACUCACAAGGCAAAUCAUCAGCUCAGCGUUUACAACAAAGAGCAACAAAUCGUGUCACUCCAUUACUACUUGCAGUUAUCAUAGCAUUUCUACUGUUCACUGCUCCAUUCGGUAUUGUACAUUUUGCUUGUCUCCAAGUAAUGAGCGAAAUGGGUUCGCUUGUUCGCCAUGACAGAAAUGCUCGUAUACUAUAUAUGACAUUAAAUUUAACAGUAGAAUGGACUAAUGUGGUUCAAUUGCUGGGAUGCGCAUCAAACUUUUUCCUCUACUUUCUAGUUUCUACAACGUUUCGUCGUACGACUAAACGUCUUUCCCAACGUUUUUAUAGAAAUGUACGUGAGUAUAAAUGUCCGAACAUCUUAAAAAUUCUAUGCUCAGAUUCAAAAGAUUCUUCAUGGAAUUCAGAUACAAGAACAAAUGAGCUACGUAGGAAAUUAGCUGAUAAUUUAGAUAAACAAUUUCAUCCUCAAGUCGUUCCAACUUCUAACUGCCAACAUAACGAAAAUCAAUGUAAACUUGGUCACACUUCCAACACCAAUAACAAUCAAAUUAUUAUUUACAAUAAUAAUAAUAGUAACGAAAAUGAUAAACGGAUUCGGAAUUCAGUAAAGCUACAAUUUUGUCGUUUAAAUCGUAAACGUUCAAAGAGUACACAAAGUCAAACACUGAACACUAAAUCUCCAAACAUCAUUAAUCCUUUGUGUUGUAUCAAUGAUGAUUUUCUUGGUAUACAUACAAGUCCAAUGCCAUGUAUCAAUUCAUCAAUUUCAGAUAAAAUAUCUUGUAAUUGUGUUGGUUUUCAUGAAGCUCAUUAUAAAUAUCUGAUGAACACAUCCAUUUUGGCUAGUUCCUUAAGAGGGUUAGCAAUCUGUCCCGAAUGUGCACAUGUUGUUGGAGGUUAUGCUUCAUUACCAGAAAGUAAAUCAUGUUUAUUAAAACCUUGUAGUAGUACAAGUAGUAAAAACAAUACUCAUUGUUUGAAUAAUACAACAACAAAUACAGCAGAAACCCUAGGAAUAAUACCAUUAGUUUCUGAUGAGCGAAAUAUUUAUAAACACUAUGGAAAUCUAAAUUAUUCAGUAAACAAUGUUAAUAAAAUUACUGUCGAGAAUGAUAACAUGAAUAGUGAACAAACAAAUAACUCUUAUAGUUUACCUGUUCAAAGUGCAUCAAGCUGAAAAUUAGAAUAAAAUUAAAUCAUCAUCAAUAUACAUUCACUAUUAGAUUUAUGAGUAUAUUUUACAACUAGUUUUGUUGUUAAUAGUAAUAAGGCACUAAAUAUAGAAUACCAAUCUAUUUUUUGAGAUUAAACUGUUUUAUUAAUGUUUGUUUUUCUUUUUUUAUUAUUGAAAAGUGAUUUAAUUAUUUACCAUUGGUAAAACAACUGCUGAAUAAAUAACGACUUUAACAUACUACAACAUUGAUAGGUAUAUACAUAAGUAAUUGUAAAAUUGUAAAACAAACUAUCUGUACGGAAAAAAACAGAAAAAAAAAAGAACUUCGUCAUAUCUUCAUCUCAUUUAUUAGCUAUGUGUUUAACUUUAUUAAACCAUUUCCAGAUAACAAACAAAGAUAAUGACUUCCUUACCUGUGCUCAAUUCGUAUUUGCAUAAUACUACUACUAAUAAUAAUAAUGAUAAUAACAAUAAUAAUAAUAUGCCGUUCCAUUGUAUAUUCUGUAUUAUUCAUAAAUCUGGAAUUAUAAAACUUUUUUUUCAAAAACGACUGCCUAUUUUAUCUUGAGACUGAACUUGCCUGUUUGGAACUAAACUUGGUCACAUACUUAUAGGUGUUUGUUUUAAUUUGAAGAUAGCAUUAAGGAAUGAUUUAAAAUUAAAGAAAAUUUAUUACAAAUUAUAAUUCAGUGUAUUAUCGUUUUAUGAUUAUUUGAGAAAAAUAAUUUCAUAUGAGAUUGAGCUCACAAUCUAACGUCUCUAGUAUUUCCCAUUCCUCAUGAAGCGGAAUAUAGUGGACCAUAUUUGACAGAUUUAAUUAACUGGACUACAAUGCUACUAACAUCCGAUGUCAUUGUUUUAUAUUUAUCUGACUUUGUUGGUUUCAACGGUUACAUUUCCGUUAUAUAAAUUUCAGGGAUUCAUCCCAAGGCUAUUAGCUGAAGCAGCUCAUGUUUAGAUAGAUCCAGUGAACAUUGAAGCUCACUAUGCACUAUUUUUAUCCUCAUGAACCAGAAAUGUGAUGUAAAAUGGUAAAUUAUGAUUCAUUAUGUGUUAACAGACUCUAAUUUUUGAGGGUUUAUAGUAAAUAUCUUUUCCUAACAAAAUAUCUACCAUCUAAAUGCUUUUGGAACAGAAUUUUUCACUUGAAUUGUUAUUCAUCAUCAUGGAAAAUCAUAUGCUUUAUGCAGCUUUACGUUAUCUAAAAAACUUAAAAUAUUUUAAAAUGGUUUCAAUCUUGUUUCCAGCUAAUUGUUGAGGUUGUCUUGAAAUAUUUUCACUUUCUAAUGUUUUAUGAACGAAUAACAUUCAUGGUGCAUGCUUCCUUUCAUCCACUGUUUAAUACAGAACUGUUAAGCUGUGUACGAAUUAUUUAUUAUUUUUCAUCAAUUCAGAGUCGGUAUAUUUUUACAGAAGAUAAUAAAUUAAAGUUAGUUACAUUUAA